AAAAAACUGUCCAUAACCAGUCCUGUUCUAAAAUCGCUUGGUUAAUACGGCCCUCUAUUUGGAAUUUGACCACAUAGAUUUAAAAUAAUUGAAAUUUGCGAUAAGAGAAUUUGAAUUUAAUUUGAAUUGGGAAAACAAAAUUGUAUUGGAAUUGCUGGAUUUGAAGAGGGAAGGGAAUUGAAUUGAAUUAGUGGAAUUGACCCCAGCUCUGUCAAAUACAUAAAAGAACUCGAUGAUGUGUGCUGCCAGGGUUUGCCUCGGUCCCGGCUUCCUUCUAGCCAGUAGGUCUCUGAAGCUGAGCCUUGCGCGGUGUCAGCUCACGGGAGCAGCGCGAUGGAAGCACUCCGCCUCUCCACCUUACAAAGCAGUUGUAUUUGAUAUGGGAGGCGUUCUUCUUCCAUCGCCUUAUCAGAAGGCCACAGAGUGGGAGUUGCAGCAUGGCGUACCUGCAGGCACUAUAGUCCAAGCAAUCCGAACAGGUGGAGAAGGCAAUGCCUGGAUGAGAUACAUGAGAGGAGAGCUGAGUGCUGCACAAUUCACACACGCCUUCGGAAAGGAAUGUGCAGCUAUAGCAGGCUGUCCUGUCCCAGUGAACUCCUUCCUGUCUGAUCUGACCUCCGGCCCCAUGGCUCAGCAGAACCCAGCCAUGUCCGAGGCAAUCCUCUGUAUCCGAGCAGAGGGGCUGAAGACAGCUGUGCUGAGCAACAACUUCUACCUGCAGCAUGGGCACAGCUACCUGCCCCUGGACAGGACCCAGUUCCAUGUGAUUGUAGAGUCAUGUCGCGAAGGGCUUUGCAAGCCAGACCCCCGUAUUUACAGGCUGUGUGUCGACCGCCUCGGGGUCCUUCCAGAAGAGACGGUCUUCCUGGACGAUGUUGGUCAGAAUGUGAAGGCAGCGGCUCAGCUGGGCCUCCGCACAAUCAAGGUUGAAGACCCCGCAGUGGCAGUGCAGGAGCUGGAGGGCUUGCUGGGGUUCCCUCUGCGAGGGUUUGUCCCCGGCACUCGGGCUGUCAGGAGAGGGAUGGACAUCCCAGUGGAUCCCCUCAGACAAUACCUGCAGCGUGUCCUGCCUCUCUCCUCAGCAGAGUCUCUGACUCUGCGGCAGUUUAGUCACGGCCAGUCCAACCCCACUUACCUCCUCAACACUGGGGAGCGCCAUCUCGUCCUGAGGAAGAAACCACCGGGAGCACUGCUGCCCUCCGCACACGCUGUCGAGAGGGAGUUCAGAGUGAUGAAGGCUCUGGGGGAUGCUGGAGUUCCUGUGCCGAAGGUGCUUGCUCUUUGUGAAGAUCCCAGCGUCAUUGGCACACCCUUCUUCCUGAUGGAGUACUGUCCGGGGAGGAUAUUCAAGGACCCGUCUCUGCCGGGGCUGUGCCCAGACGAGAGGAGAGAGGUUUACCAGGCCAUGAACCGCGUCCUCUGUCAGAUUCACAGCGCUGAUAUCAGUGCAGUCGGGCUGCAGGACUAUGGGAAAUCUGGUAACUACAUUGAGCGGCAGGUGCAAACCUGGACCAAGCAGUACCGAGCCAGCGAGACGCAGCGCAUCCCAGCAAUGGAGAGAGUGCUGGAGUGGCUCCCACAGCACCUCCCCAAGCACGAGAGGACUGCUGUGGUGCACGGAGACUUCAGGCUGGAUAACCUGAUUUUCCACCCGGAGAAGCCAGAGGUGCUGGCAGUGCUGGACUGGGAGCUAUCCACGCUGGGGGACCCCAUUUCCGACCUGGCUUACAGCUGCCUGGCCCAUUACUUGCACCCCGAUUUCCCAGUUCUCAAAGGUCUCAGUGGGUGUGACCUGCCGGAGCUGGGCAUCCCCACAGCAGAGGAGUAUUUCACCCUGUACAGCAGCAGCAUGGGGACGGAGCCCAUUGACAACUGGAAUUAUUACAUGGCCUUCUCGUUCUUCAGAGUCGCAGCCAUCCUGCAGGGAGUCUACAAGCGCUCCCUGAGAGGGCAGGCGAGUUCUGCCAGUGCAGAGGUUACUGGGAAGCUGGCAGAGCGGAUGGCCGAGCUGGCGUGGGAUUUCGCAGUCAAGGAGGGAUUCCGGGUCUUCAAAUCCAUUCCCGUGGGCAAACCUGGGGCUGGACCUGCCAGGGGCUACAGAGCCUGGUCUGGGCAGCAGUGGCCACAGAGAUUGACCGCCACCCCUGAACACUGCGCUGCUGACCUGUCCACCAGCAGCAAAACCUCCCCUCCCCAUCCCGCAAAGGGUCACCUGGUCAUCUCCCCUGACGGCCUGCGGCCCCCUGUCCAGGAGCUAUACCGCCACCUGCAGGAGUUCAUGAAGAAGCACAUCUACCCCCUUGAGCAGCAGCUUCGAGACCACCAGGUAUCUGAGGACAGGUGGAGCCCACACCCUGCCAUGGAGCAAUUGAAGGAGAAGGCAAAGUCUGCAGGUCUGUGGAACCUCUUCAUCCCUCUAGAGGUGGAUCCGGAGGGGAGGCUGGGGCCCGGGCUGACCAACCUGGAAUACGCACACCUGUGUGAGACGAUGGGCCGCUCGCUGUACGCUCCGGAGGUGUUUAACUGCUCUGCCCCUGACACUGGAAAUAUGGAGUUGCUAAUUCGCUAUGGGACUAACCAGCAGAGGGAGCAGUGGCUCAGGCCGCUGUUAGAGGGGGAAAUGCGGUCCUGCUUCGCCAUGACUGAACCACAGGUGGCCUCCUCAGACGCCACAAACAUUGAAGCCUCAAUCACAGAAGACGGAGACUCUUACAUUCUCAACGGCCAUAAAUGGUGGACGUCAGGUGCACUGGACCCUCGUUGUAAGCUCUGUGUGUUUAUGGGCAAAACAGACCCGAGCGCUCCUAGACACCAGCAGCAGUCUAUGGUCCUGGUUCCCAUGGAAACGGCAGGGGUGAAAGUCCUGAGGCCUCUCUCUGUCUAUGGCAUAGAGGAUGCUCCAGGCGGUCACGGGGAGCUGGUAUUUGACAGGGUGCGUGUCCCCCGAGAGAACCUGCUGCUGGGGCCCGGUCGAGGGUUCGAGAUUGCACAGGGCAGGCUGGGGCCCGGCAGGAUCCACCACUGCAUGAGGCUGAUCGGACACUCGGAGCGAUCCCUGGAGCUCAUGAAGGAGAGGGUGAAGUCGAGAGUGGCGUUUGGGAAGCCUCUGGCGGAGCAGGGAACGAUCCUGGCUGACAUUGCUGAGUCCCGCAUGGAGAUCGAGCAGGCCCGCCUCCUGGUGCUCAAGGCAGCUCACCUCAUGGACACAGUGGGGAACAAGGUGGCUGCUCCAGAGAUCUCCAUGAUUAAAGCAGUGACCCCAAGCAUGGCUCUAAGGGUCAUCGACCGUGCCAUCCAGGCGUUCGGGGCGGCUGGGCUCAGCAAUGACUACCCCCUGGCGCUGUUCUACAGCUGGGCGCGGGCACUGAGGCUGGCAGACGGGCCGGACGAGGUCCACCGGGCUGCUGUGGGCAAAAUGGAGCUGAGACGCUGAACUUUUAAAUGAUCUUUACUAUUAUUCAUCUAGAUCUCCAAUCAUUUGAACCCUGUUUUUCUACCUAAUUUGAAUGUGGACUCACCGCUGCAAGCCGCUCCCCGAUGAGGAAGAUCAACGGGCACCUCUGUCCCUGUCUCUCUUCACUCAGAAGACAUAGAGAAUGAAUUGCACCAAACUGCUGAACUCUGGAGGCAGGACCCUUAUCAUUAGAGGCUAAUGAAUUACUGAUUUUAAAGUGUCCUAAGUACUUCUAAUGAGGUCUGUUUGGAGCAGCCAGUUUAUAUGUCGGUGUAAUUGAGAGCCCUUGUCAUGCACCAUGUUUUGGUGACUUUUGUGCCAUGUAUUAUGCCUUUUUAUAAUGUUUUAAUAGUACAGAAACACUUGUAUAUAAUACUCUAAUUCCCUCAGGUUUAUUACAGGGAAUGUUAUAUUGUUAUAAUAGACUGUACAUGAAAUGUUGGCAAAGGUAAAGGGUUAAUUGGAUAUAGGUAAGAUUAUAUUAUUAUCAGUGUGAAUGUCUCGAAACAUUAGACCACAAGUGAGUCUGCCCACUAGCAAAUACUACAAGAAAUAAUGAUCAAGUAAUGUAAGCAGUAAUAAUGACAUGAAUGAGCAGUUUGUGAAUGUGCUGGAGGCAUACCCCCUAUAAAAGUUCCCCAUAGUAAAAGCAUAGCAUGUAAUAAAACCUUGUGCAAUCAUGAUAAAGCAUUGGUACUGGAAGCAUUGUAAAGACAGCAAGUUAUGGUAAAGCAUAUUAAAAACAUAGCAAACCACGGUAAACUAGGGUAUAUGCAUAGUGUAACAUGGUACACUUUUAUACUGGUUACAGUAUACCACUUGCAGUGCCUCAGCUUCAUUUCUCAAAGCUGUUGAGAUCUCAACCUUUUGCCUCCCUCAAACACACCUGCCGAUUAGAUCCAGGUACAGAAUAUUAUUAUUAUUGGUUUGCCUUCCUGAAGAGAGCAGGGAGAGUUACUGAUUAACAGAACUGUGUGUACAAGGGCCCCGCGCCUGCUGAACAGGACUGUAUUCAUGUGAAUGAGUCUGCAUUUAUAUUGAAUCACUGUUUAGAUGAUGAUGACAGGUGUCGUUGGUGGAACACUAGCAAAUCAUAUUUUAUUGUAAACAUUUUUUUUUUUAAUUGAAUUUCCACCAGGUGUAUUUUUAUAAAGCAGGUGUUCACUUUAGUGAAAAUAAAUAAUAAUUUGAAAUGGU